UUCCACACGGGAAUCCUCUAUCCUUCUCUUUCGCUCUCUCCACGAGAGAAAUAUCAUCACAAUUUUUUAAAUUAAAAAUGAAUAUUCUGCGGAGACUGGCCAGUGUGAAAUUGUGUCCUACACUCCGUCGAGGAUGGAUGCAGACUGCGCUGAUGUCCAGUGAAAGAGUCGACGUCACGGCAAGUCCUGAGGAUGCUCUGAUGGGCAGCAUAAAGUACUCCACGGACACUGUGGAGCUUUUCGAUGUGGUGGCCAGGCAGAAGAAAGAAAUGCAAUCGACCCAUGUGAUGCAGACACUCAAGACACUCUUUGUGCUGCAGAAGAAUGGAAACUCUCGACUGAGCACCGAAGAAAUUCUGAAGCACCCUGAAUUUGAGAAUCUCUGCAGAUGCCUGAGAAGUCAUUCGAGGGGCAUUGAGCUCAAUGACAUCAUUGAUGCCCUCAAAGUAUUGAUUUUCCUUCGAGUUCCUACAAGCAGUGAGAUUGUCCACAUCCUCUUCAACCUGCUACGUCACCAAAUCAAUGACAUCGAGCUGGGGCAGAUGGUUUUCCUGGAUUUUCUGCUGGAUCGCUGCCAGAAAACUCCAUUGGUUGAGGCUUUCAGGAUGUCCCUACCAAUGCUCUUCCAGAUCAGUGUGGGCACCAAACUUGACCAUGAGAAUGUUCCUGAACUGGCUGACCUCCUGGCUUUUGCCGUCAAGCAUGAGUGUUCUGACAAGAGUAUCCAGAAUGUUGUGAGUGCUUUGACACUCCACGGUGACAAUAUCCAUUUGGAUCAGGCAAAGAGUAUCAUUUGGUCUCUCUGCGAUCUCCGGAGGUUUCAUCCAUCUCACGAAAGACUCCUGCAAAACUGCCUGAACGUCCUCGUGAAAAAUAUUCAGCAGCUGAAAUUCCUAGACAUCGAAAGCACUCUCAGCAAAAUCUCCUACAAAAUCCUUCACAGACAUCCCAGUUUCUACAGGGAGGAUUUCUUCGAGAAGACCAUCGAUGUGGCCAUCGAGAGGGACAUCCCAUUCAAUCUAGCUGUCUAUUGCUUCAAGAAAUUCAACAGGAUCAGCUACACAAGUGACAGACUCCUCGAAGUUGUGGCUAAGAAGUUCACAAAUGUAGAAGAUGCUUCGCCAUCCAUCAUCUUCACCCUCGUGUCAGCCUUUUCCCUGGCCAAUUACACUCCCAUGAAUUGGGAUGUCAUGAGCCAGUCCAUAGCAAAGAGCAAACUCCUCAGCAAUCCUACCAAUAACCUUCCCUGGCUCAAAUUUGUCCUGGAAUUCAUUUCUCUGGGUUCCUUUAGUGAAAAUCUGCUCAGCAAAAUUUUCUCAGAUGACUUCCUCACAGCCUUCCUGGCCAGAGACAAUCCUACCCUCGAUUACUUGCAACUUUUGAGCUUAUACCAAAUCAUUUCUAUCCUACAUCCAAAUUACUCCGGACCACUCCCUGAUACCAAGUACAUCGAUCGAGCCAUAGAGAUUCUCAGGAAGAAGGAACCAUCUCCCCUCGGGGAAUCCCUGAAAUGCGCCUUUGGGGAGGACUUUGUGGUAAAUAGAACAGUAACCCAGCAUGGACAUCUUAUUGAUCAUCUGAUAGCUUUUGACGAGGAAGGCAACCCACUGCCAAUUGCCCGAGGUAUUACAGAAGAAUAUCCACAAUUUGAGCAAUUCUCCAGAAAAGGCAGGAAACUCGUGGUUGUCGUUCCCCUGACAAACACCUGCUACAGCAUCAAUACAUCCCGCCUCAAAGGAGUCAUACAGACUUGGGUAGACACUCUAACAGCCAUCGGACUCAAACCUCUACCCAUCAACAUUGAUUCCUGGUCUCAAUUCCCAGACCACGAAAAAAUCCCAUACCUUGAAAGAGAAGUCCGGCAUUGUGUCCAGUAGAACAAUCAUGAAUCCCAUGAAUCAUUAAAAUUAGAAGAUUAAGAUUACAAUAAAAUGAAGCUUUAGUACAGAAA